AUGCUUGCAACGAAGUUGCGGUCUAACGCAGCAGUUCGUGGUCGGUAUCGCGUUGCCAAGCGCUCCUUCUUGCAUAUCGCCAGGUCGCAGCGGGGAUCAGGCACUGGUACACUUUGGUUCCUCGAGGAUUGCUGGGAUUCAGGCGAGUCCCACACGACUCGGCAGCUCUCAUCUCAGGCCGUCAUUCUGCACUUUGCACAGCAAAUGAUGGCUCUGGACGUCACAGAGGUCGAAUGUGUUUCAUGUUGGGCGUGGUCUCCUCAUGUUCCCCUGAUAGAGUUUGUAGACGUUCCUGGGGCAUCGAGCGCCAAGCGAGCUUCCAAAAUGUGCCAAGCAGAUCUCUGUGCUUCACACAAGCAUUCGCACCUGCAUGGCCACGGUAGCAUGUCAAUGCGUAUUUGUCAGAGGCGGCACAUGGAUACCUUCUACCGCGCACAGCUCGAGCGUAUACAGUACACUGAGACUAUACUGUACAGCGAGGGGAUCUGGCUGGGCCAUGUCCCGAUGCAGACGAUCAUGUUCGCAGCGCGACACAGGCGUCUGAGACCACCAUGUCCGCAGGCCACCAUGUCUGCAGGCCACGAGACUCCUCGCGAGCUCGCGUUUGGCGUGGUACACUGCGCAGGAGGACGGCUAGAGCAUAUUAGUCCCGUCUGGAGCCUGUGCCUCUCGGUCGAUGGGUUCGCAUGAUUGAUUCCAGGCAUCCGGGUCGCCCGCCUCGCAUAUCUCGCUGGUGAUGGGCGAGCCGCGACCGCCAACACCGCC